GUGCAGCUGACUUAACUUGCUGAAUUGCAGUGUUUCUGCAACCACAUACUUGGUCUCUUGCAUGUUUGUUGCUGUUGCACUGAGGCAAUCCAAAUUGAAACUUUUUUACUCAUUAAAGUUGGUGUCUUGAUAGUAGCUACUUAGUGACUGAUUAUUUGCUUUCGGGACUAUGCUAUUAGGAAGAUAGUGAGAGACAAUCAGAAAUGUAUUAGCUGUUUGAAUGUUCUGAGGUUCAUCAUCCGGGAGUAUCCAUUGGAAUAGUGAUUUGUCGUUUCUUGUCCAAGCUUCAGCAUUGCAAUGCUCUUUCAGCUCCGGACCUCGUAAGCAUCUGUAAUUCAUUUCUUAAGUUUUUAAUUAUCAAUAUUAGAUAUCAAGAUCCUUCUGUAGACACAAUUUGAUGGGUGCAGAUAGAAGAGCAUAGUGGUCAAUAUUAAUAGUAGUAAUGGGUAGCUAUCAGCUGAAGGAAUGGAUUUGAAAGGGAGUGGGUGGUUCAGGUUGACAUCUUUCCAUAUAUUAUUAUCACAUUAAUCGAUUAGAUGCUCCUACAGUCACUGUCCAAGUUCACUAUUGCUCAAUGUCUCGUGGCCAUGUUUGGUAGCUUUUGGUUCAAUUUCUUGCAUUAUUGCACAUAGCUGGAGGUUAUCUUGUCAAUUUAGGCAGCAUUCGUAUGCAUUUACUGUUGAGUGUAUUUUUAAUUUAGCAUUUAUGUCUCUACCUUAAUGCCUGGUGACAUAGGCAGGAUAGACAUAGGCACCACCAUGUUUUUGUGCAAGCAGUCUUAUCCAGUUUCGUACGUAUUUUAUAUUACUAUAUAUAUAUAUAUAUAUAUAUUAUUAUGAAGUAAGAAAUAACAACACACUUCUGUUUGCAAGUGUCUUUAUCUACUAGUUUUGUCUGAUAUUUUAUAUGAUCCCAUUAGAUGUGAUCUUACUGCUUGCAAAUCUUUUAUUGAACAGGCUGUUUAUUGGUAAUGACCAAAGCCAAGAAAAAAGGUAGGUCACCUGUAAAGGGGGUACCUCAGCGAAGACCACAAAAUUGUCUUGUCAAUUUGUCAUACAUACAUACAUAUAAAAUCAUCAUCAUAUCUGAUCUGAAUUCAUUGAUUCAUUCAUUCGUAUUCAUUGCUGCAGGAGAUGAUGAUUCCAAAGUUGGGAAUAUGACCUUGUUCUGUGGGAUCCCCCUGUCAUGCUCUGAAACCCUUUUGUGGGUCCCGAAAUUCUGUCAGACAAAAACAAAGGAGCCGCAGUCUGAAUGGGCCCCACCCCACUCCACUCCUUGAUUCUGACGCACACAGCACAGCAGACACGCCACAGACCGACUGUCGACUGUCGUCGGCUGGCCAUCCCUUUCUAUCCUCACUAAAACCACCCCAUUUGCUGACUCUCGGAUCUUUCUUUACCAAAUUUCUCUGUGCAUCUUGAAGACUAAAUGCAGCGCUCCUUUGCUAUUAGGAGCAUAUUAGUAUGUGCGUGUAUCUAUUGAUUGCAUAUUAGCAUUGGUUCAUCUCGGUUGUCGUUUUAUGGAGAGGAAAAGCUGGGAGUCUUAAGUUUGGUUGGUUGGUUGGACUUUUCACAGUGGGGAGAGAGACGAACAGAACAGACCAGAACAGAAAAGAACAGGUUGUUUGAAUGAAAAAGGAGUGCAGCUAGUGAAAGACCUUUGUCUCCUUGUUAUUCGAGUUUCCUCCUCCACAGUCUUGACUUUCAUCUCUCUCUCUCUCUCUCUCUCCCUUUUUUUCCUCUUUUCCGUCGGGAGAAAAAGCUGAGACCUUUCAAGAUUCCCAGAAGCCAGGGAUUUUCAGUUGGUGCCUGCACGACUGGUUUGAUAGAUUCAAGAAUUUCUCUUUCGGGAUCCAUGUUGUUUUCGCAUUUAUUUGGCACAUCCUCUAGGAUGUCUGAUCUCUUCUUCCACUCACUUUACAUAAAGUGGAAAGGAGGAGUGGAGCUUCUGAUGUAUGCAUAAGAUCUCUCAAGUAGGAAAAGCUUUUCGGUCCUUGCUUUGAGUGAGGGAUUGCUAAGAGGCUAAAGGGAGACAUUAAUGUCCUCCCAUUGUUGAUACUCUUUUGCUGUCCAUCUUUGUAUAUGGCUGAUCGAAAAGACGACGCUUGUGAAGCUAGCAAUGAGAUCAAACGUUGUGUGCCUGGAGAAGAAGAAAAUAACAUGAAAUCUCUGGAUUCGGAGUUAUUUUCUGUUGACACAGAACAUGAAGCAGCAGAUGUGCAGUCAUUGGAUGGCAUUGCUUCUGCGCAGCCUACGCCUUUGAAAAGUGAUAUUAGCACAGAGAGAAGUUUUGAAAUGGAUCCCGGGAAGGCCCAUGGCCUAAAUGCUGCUGAGGAUAGACUAAAUGUGCAAGGCCAGGACAUGCAACAAAGGACUGAAUCAUCAUGUUCGAACUCCUUAUCAACCAUCCCUCCAGUUUCUUUAUCAAACCACAGCUUUCAGGAGACCUCUAAGGAAAUGUGCUCGUUCAGGAAUUGUGUGGUUUCCACAGAUAGUUCUAAUGCUCAAGGCUUCGGCUGCAAACUGGAAGAGCCGUUGACUGCCAGUUCUGAAUCCGGUGCAUGCCAGGAGCGCAGCGGCAAUCUCGAUGUUUCUCGUGUAGCAGAAAGGCAGAUAUCAGGGGAAACAAAGGGUGCAUUGACUGUGAAAAGCAAGGCUGAAGUAAAUGACAAAAUCAAGGCAGAGUCUUGGGCAAAAGAAGCUUCGGAGUUCUCGCUGACAAAACCUACCAAGGUAGUUAGGGAAACUCAGAAUACACAUGUUGCUGAAUUUGAUCUAAAUGAAGACAUUAAUACACAUGGAAGUGAUGAUUGUGAUCAUCAACCUGCUGCAACUGUAUCUUCUGCCCAACGUGUGAUACAAGUGGUAGCGAAAGCUGGGAAGCCUAGCGGAUUGCCAGAGAUUCCUUUGCUCUUCGAAGGCAGGCUGGGUUGGCAGGGCUCUGCUGAAACCAGUGCUUUUCGUCGUCCUCCAGGUCGGUCUAGGAUUUUGGAAACAAAGUUGUACCCUGAAAACAAAGAGGCAAAGGAUCCACAGGGCUUCACAGGUAUUGACCUCAACAUCGCUGCUGUAGAAGAGAACUCUGCUAGUGAAAUGCCAGUGGAACUUGGUUUGAAUGAAUCCAAGAACCGGGGCUUAAUUGAUCUCAAUCACCUCUAUGAUGCUGCUGAUGAGUUUACUCAGCCUUCUCUUCAGCCUGAGUCAGCAAAUCCUCCCUCAAUAGACUUGAACAUGAAUGGUAACACCUCAACCGGAGACAGAUCCAACAUUCUUCACUGGCCAAAUGUGGAUCACCAUUCUCUGGGAAACAAUACAUCUGAUUCUGCUAAUCCAAGAGCGCGCUAUAUCAACUUGAUUGGCCAAGAAUAUUUCGCCAAUCCUCACAUUCCAGUGGCUGUCCCAAGUAUUCUCCAACCAGUGGAACUUUUGCAGAGAGCUCCUCCAUUGCAGCAGCCUAAGUUACCUUUUGGACCACCAACUGUAAACCUUGCAAGUUACCCUUCCAAUGUUCCGCAGCAUUUUAUCUCUGCUGGGCCACUGCCAUCAAGCAUUCGUGUUUCUGGGGGUGUCCCUUAUGCUAGAUAUUCCCACGAACACGCCAUUUAUCCUGGAUUAUUACACCCCGGCUCGGUUCAUGCAUCUUUCUGUGCUCCUCAUCUUGUGCAGAUUGUUCAUGAGCAGGGUCCAGGCACUAUUGCAGCUACUUUCCCAAGUCUUGAUGCGAGAAGCGAUGACAUUGUAUCAACCGGCAGAAUCAAAAUGGAUGAGGCGAGACAGUUGGGUUAUAUUGCCACGAAUCAGGAGACUUGGUGUGAUCCAUCAAUGAAGAGGAAGGAGCCGGAAGGAGGAUUCAGACAUUACCAGCUUGGCUACAAACACGUGACUUAAAGAUGUUGACUACUUCAUUAAUUCCUGCUAAUUUAACUCAUCCUGCCUUUUUGCUGCUAGACUCUAUUCAUGAAUGCUAGUUAGUACAAAUUCAUCGUGCAACACUUUUAAACAAAUCUCAAAGACUGUUACUGUUAAUCCUCCAAGUAGGCUGUGAGUCGAAAGACUUGUAGUUUCUGUAUAUAUGACAUUCUAUUUCUUGAUAAUAGGCAUAUGAGGAUUACGAGCA